UCUAGGUGGUGUUGCUGUACAGUUUUCAUUUAGGACAGUUUAAUAGAAAUUUUCUGGAUUUGCCUUUUGUAAAUGAUGGCAGAAGCCGUUGUAGCAGACCCAAUAAUUUCAAAAUUUUUCUGUCACAAAUGUAGUUCAGAAAUCGGAAGAGUUUUACCGGAUUACACCUGUCCUAACUGCUACAGUGGAUUCAUUGAAAAAAUAGAUGAAGCACAAGAAACGCCCAUGUAUGAAGGGGAAAUCGAGGUGGAUCCUUUUACCACGGUUUUUGAGGUCCUGCAAGCUCGGAACCUGGACCAGCUGCUGCCGGCGGACUCGGGCGAGGACGACCGACAGAGAGACGACCGCCGGGUGUUGCGCCUGCGCGAGCGGGCCGGCUCGGACUCUCGGCGGCCAGGAAGGUAUGGCAGUUUGAUGUCCCGGACGGGACGCCACAGGAUUGCCCGCACGCGACCAGGCGCUCCUCUGGAGAACCUGAUACGAGAGUUCCUCGUCAACCUGACCGGCGUGGGCUGGGGGACCAUCAGUGCCAGUCAUGGCGCCAACGGCCCGGUAUUUUUCCUGGGUAAUCCUGGGGACUAUGCUUGGGGCCGGGAAGGCCUGGACGCCAUCGUGACACAACUGCUGAACCAGAUGGACGGCACCGGCCCCCCGCCAUUGGCCCGUGACAAGAUCGAGGAGAUUCCCGUCGUCGUCAUCACAGAGGACCAAGUCGGCAAAAGCCUGCAGUGCUCAGUUUGCUGGGAUGACUUCACCCUGGGGGAGUUUGUGCGGAAGCUGAAGUGCGAACACAUCUACCACGAGAACUGCAUUGUGCCCUGGCUCCAGCUGCACGGGACUUGCCCCAUCUGUCGCAAAAGCUUGAACGAUGAGGAACAGAAUGAUGGCCAGUCGAGUCCGGGCAAUUCUACGUCAAAUGAGUAUGCCAACGAGUCUCCGUUGGCUGCCUUUUUCAGGACGCUGCACGCGUCCCACUCCUCCUCCUCCACCUCGUCGUCCUCGUCCUCGUCGUCGGCGGGCUCCAGCGCGAGCGCGACGAGCGACAACGCGCAGAGCGGGCUGGGCGGGGCCGGCAGCAGCCAGUCCGACUACGACAUGGAGCUGGACUUCGAGUAGCCCCCUGGCCCCCGCCUCGACGGUGAUUAGUCACUAGAUAUGCCACCAAAUUUACCAUUUUACAGAUCGCUGCGACCGACGGGAGAGCCACCGAAACGCUGUUACACUCAACACUCUUUUUUUUUUUAAAUUAUUUACUCUUGCAUAACUUGAGGUAAUUCCAUCUCAACUGGUAAAUUCUUUUCCGUCUGUUUGGAAGCAGAAAACGCGAAGGCCGACUUGCGCGAUCCAAUCUGUCGAUCCGUGCAAAUCACCCGGGACUCAUCGAUUGUUAUGCUUCUCUCUACCCUCUCAUGUAACACAGGUUAUUAGUAAAUUUCCAAUUCAUCAUAAGUAGUUGUGUUUUGUUAAUUGUAAUUUAUUUAUAAUUUUAUAGGGUUUGGGAUGUGGCCCGUUGUUGUAAAGGUGCUCACUCUUUGCCUGCAUGGAAUUUUUUUUUUAUAUAUAAAGAAGAGAAUUGUAAAUAUUUUCUAGCAUUCCGAAAUGAUCAAAACACUCUGAUAGUCAUUGUUAAUAAAAUACUGAUGUUUACAAGUAAGUGUUUUUCUUCAAUGCUUGUUAAAGGCAUCCUUUAUAAAAGAAGGUAGAUAGAUACUUUCUUAUUAAAAACCAACACAGCAUGUUGUGAAAGUGGCAAAUCCAGAAUAUUUCUAUAUAUUUUAUAUGUAAAAAAAUGUAAAUAAAGAACUUAUGAAAAAUUAUCCCUAAACUAAUGGAUACUAUUUUUAUCCUGUUUAUUAUUUAAAUAUUUUAAAUAAUUGAUUUGUUACCACUUCAUUUCAUCUUCAUGAUCAAAAUUAGGGGUGAGAGUGAAAACAAAGUGUAUUGAAAUGAAAUCAUUUUAAUAAGAGGUGCAUUAAGAUAGCAAAUGAUAUAAAUGCUAAAUAGAUGCCAGAAUUUUUAGUGUUUUUUUCCAGCAGGUUUAGGUUAAUCAUAUUUACAUAUCUAUUACAAUUAAAUAUAACAUAUUAAUUGUCACAUGUUUGUUUUUACUAAAUUUUGGUGUGUUUUCUUUUUGCAUUCACUGCCAUAAAUCAAACUUCAGAUAGUGUAAUGGUUGUUCAGAAUUAUUGCAAAAACCAAACCUAAAACAUUUGCUAUGUUGCUAGCAUUACAUUUUUAGUAUUGUGUUUAGUAAAAAAGCUUGUAUUCACUAUAGGGAAAAGGUUCGUGAUUAAUAUGAAAAGACAAAACACAACUAACUAUCAAAGACAGAGUAAAUAAAUGUAUACUUUCAGAAAAAGUGAGUAUGGAAAUGUGCUAUAAAGUGUGGUUUUUAAACCACAAAAUGCUUAAAAAAUGUAUUACAUUUUCUAUUUACACAUGCCUCUAAAAAUACAGAAUAUAUGUGUACAAAUAGAUUUUGCAUUAGUUUCUGGAUGAUUUUUCGUUUCUGCAUCACAUGUAAUGUAAUGAAGGCUUUAUAGUAGAAAUACGUAUUUACAGUUUACUUGUGCAGGGAUGUAUUAUGCUAUUGACAAAUAUUUGAACUAAUUUAAAGCUUAUAAAUUAAUAUUUUUCUUAAGUAAUAUAUUUUGAAGAACUGGUUUUUGUUUUACUUAUUACCUGUGGCAUGUUGUAUAAAUUUUGAUUAAAUCUGAGUACUUUAUGAGAUUUUGUGGUGGUUUGAAAGCAGAGUUCUUUAGUGUUUGAAUGUGUAUGCUUACACUCCUCCCGAGUCUGUUAAUGUUAAUUGAUUACUGGAGUUGUUCUUACAUAAUAUUUCUAAGUUUUUGUUUUACAGUGACUUAAGUUAAUGGUACAAUAUUUUCUGCCACCUGUUAAAUGAUUACCUAUAUUCUUAUAUAUCGCUAGUUAUGAGGUUUUAAACCCUUGUAACCCUCAUUAAAUUUGUCUAUCAAUAGUUGUUAUUGCCCCAAGCCAUUUUCACUUCGUACCUAUGUUUUACGUACUGUUACUGCCCCUCUUAAUCACCGUUGUGUUGUGAUUUUCAUUGCGUCAGUUUUUUCUUAUGUUAAGUAGGGAAGGUAGUAUGUAGAGCUACACCUCGUUCAAGUUUUUGUGUUCGGCUACGAAGAACGGUUUGUGUGUUCCGCAUGCAAGGAUAUUUUGCAUGAUAGUGUUUCACCAGUAGCUGUGAAGUGUGCUACGUAAGUGCAGUGUCGGCAAGAAUCAUCAAAAUUCUCAAGUUACACUCGAGAGCAAGCAGUCAUUGAUCUGUUUCGAAGGAAGCAUAAGCAGCAGCAGCUGAAAAUUCUGCUGAUGUUAGCAGCUCUGAUCCUAUAUGGACCAGCCUGCCCAGAUCAGGUUUCCUUUCCCGACUUGGUCAUGCUAGUACCGAACACGGCACAUGAUCUCGAUGGAGCGAGGCAACUAUCCGACAGCAUAGAAGGCUAAAAGUGCUUAAAAAGAUAAUUUUGAAUAUGGCAUUUUUGGUAACUGACCUGCACUGAAUUGGAUACUGGGACAGCAGCAGUGUUCUGUACUGAAAAGACGCAGCAUCCAGCAAGGUGUGCAAGAUGUGUUGUGAUGUGCAUGCCGUGGGAUUCUUGGUCUUCGCGUCGUUCACAUUUUGUUUAAUGUUAUGUGUGCAGUGAAGACUGAUGUUUCAAAUGUCAGAGCAAAUGUGGGUGAAGAUGUUAAUCUAGUAGUUGAUGCGAUUGUUUGCAAAGUGUAUUAGACUGAAAGAAAUGCAAUGAUAUAUAAAAAGCCACAUAAUUUGUUUUUUUUUGUGGAACUUUGUUGUGGUAGCGACGCAUUGUGUUGACUGCUUUAAUACUUUCUUCCACGAGUAUUUUGAAAAACUCCUCCAUCAACAUAUUCAGUUAAUGCAAUCAUUUUGCACACAUGAAUACUAAUAGUUUCAUGUUCCGAGUUUAUAAUUUUAGAGCUCCAUCUUAUUUAAAGAUAUUAGUGGCUUCUGAAGGUAUGACUAGCAUGUGGUGGCUAGAAGAAAAAUUUUUUUUUUUUAAAUACAUUUAAGCAUUGUAGUUAUUCAUUCGUUUUUACCAAGGCAACUAAAGUCUUAUAGUAAAAGUGACAUUUUUUGUUGAAAUGUUGCUUUUUCAUGUCAUUAUGUAAUUCCAAAAUGAUAUAUUUAUUAUUUUUUUCUCUGUGUAUGCAAUUUAUUAGCAGUCUUAGCUACAAUAUUUCAUUUGGAAAGACUUAAGAAAAAAGGUGGGGCUUGUAGCAUUUAUAAUAACUGUUUGUCCUCAUCGUUUUAACGAUGACAACUUUUCACUCAGAAAUUCAGAUAUUUUUGCAAUUGGAAACCUGGUGGCUGUAAUUGCUAAAAUUUAAUAAUAAAAACAUUUAUUUACCUCACAUUAAAGACUGUUUAUGGGAGAAUAUAUUUGUGUAGCAAAUGAAGUACUAAAACUUUUGUAGGUUAUUUGUUAAUUUAAUGCUAUGUUAUUGUUCACUCAAAAAUAAUUAUAAUGUUGUGAACUGUUAUUGACUGGGAAAAUAUUGUUCUUAAUCUAUGUUUUUUUUUUCCAGUAGUUUUUUAUUUAAACUUAGAAAUGCUGCAUUGCCCUCAAUAUGUAUAUUUCCAUGCAUUAUGCAAAGUAUUGCUGAUGUUAUAGAAAAUGCUGUUUUACCUAUAUAUUUUGUACCAUUUACUUGUUAAAAAUAACUUGAUAAGUUUUCUUGAGUAUUUUAUUUUAAUAGCAAAGGUAAACGUUGCAAUUUGUAAAAAAUCAUUGGUUACAGAAACAAUUUAUCAAAACGUAAGUUUUGGUAGCUAUCAUGUGACUUGGAUGGUACAUUAAACAUUUUCCUCAACAGUAUGUCCAUUUUUGAUGAAUAAAUGUGUGCAAUGAUUUUUUUUGUCAUUGCCUUUUUCAGAUUGAAGUUUGCAAUACGUGUUACUAAAUUAAUUUGUGUUUAGUAUUUGUAAUAGAAAAUAUUGAAAUAAAUUGAUUAUUAUUUUGAAAAUAGCUGAAAUUUAAUUCUACUAAUGUUUAAUUUAUGUUGUAAUAAAUAUUAAAAAAAUAUGAAGCAUUUUUAGGGCAUUCUCUUACACAAAUUAAGAAGGCAGGGAUUUUGUUUUUUUAAGCAAGAACAUAUUGUAUAAACAAUUUUAAGUAAGCAUCCAUGGUGUAUUUGUAAUUUUUAAGUUAAAAUGUACAUAUAAAAGCAAUUUUUAAAUUAGUAUACCAAUAAUGAUUUUUUUAGUUUAGACAAAAAACUUACUUUUAAUAAAAAAACAUGUAAAUUUUUUAAAACCUUCAAUUGCAUUCAGACUAUAUUGUGUUAUGUUUUAUUAAAACUGAAUUGUAAGAUGAUAUAGAAAAACUUUUAGAAAAUGUGUGUUUUGUGAACUUGGUGUCAUUGUCAUUAGGUACUUCAGUAAUAUUUAUCUGUACAUACAGCUGCUUGUUAAUGGAAUUGCUACAUUCUGCUGUAAAUAAAGUGCCGUAAACAAGAUAAGCUGUGUGUUUAAGUAAAUUUUGGUCAAUUUAUUCUGUAAUAUUUACUAGCCAGAGUAACGAAUUUAGAAAUUGUCACCCUGCUCAGUUUUUUUUUUUGGGAAA